AUGGAUGUGACCGAGUCCCAGUUAUCAAUAGCAAUUGCAGGCCCAGGCUACAGCGCAGUCCUGGGCAACGUCACGACUUCGCCGGAUGCAUUACGACAUUUGUCUAUCCGAAGAAGGGAGUUUACGCACCUACUUGCCUCCCUGCGCAUACACCCCAUGUUCCUCGAUGCAGUUGCGGAUAGCAGUCCGCUAGCAAUGAGACACGAAUGUCAAUUGGAUGGAAACCCAGCCAUUGUGUAUAUCCUACGCGUUUCCAAUUCCAUCUCCCAGCAAAGUGCUAUAGCUGUCACCCAAAAUUAUAGACUCGCCUCACCCGGGUCAAAAUCAAAAUAUGCCUCGAUCCAGGUAAGCGCCCUCGUCCUAGGGUAUGACGACAGCGCCACUAGAAAUUUUGAGGCUUGCCUACGAAAAAGGAAAGAGUCCGUUUUUGAGGCGAGAAGUGUGGUCAUGGCCUUCCUCGAAGUAGAAAAAGAGCGUAGAUUCCUGGAAGUCCGGAAAAGGCGCGCUGGACUCCGAGAAAUUUUGCACAAGAUUAGCUCCCUGUCGGCUCUUGCAGAACCCCCGUUGCCUCCUCCCGAGCGGCACCGAAAAGUGGAUGACAAUAUUGGGUUGUAUCUAGAGGCGUCUGCACUGCGGGUCAAUGGACUGCAGGCAUGGAAGAGGCAGAUCAUCUCUCUGCAGGCAGAAGCGGAUGCGGCAGGGGAUAGAGCCUUAGCUUCUAGCCUUGCUCGUCUUGUGCUCCAAUAUGAGCAUCGGAUCGAGAGGUGCGAUGUCACUCGAGAAGCCGCCUCACUCGCGUACCAAAUGGAGACUUCUUAUCUAGCGAGAAGUGACACGAGGAUCGCGAUUAAAGAUGCGAAGAUUAUGAGGGUAGUUGCGGUCUUCACCGUGCUCUUUCUCCCAGCCACAUUCACCGCGACCUUUAUGGCUGUGCCGCAAAUCGAGGAGGCCAUCAACGGACUGGAGAUGGUUCGCAAAUCCCACGACAGGUGA